GCCGUGAAUCACUCGGCUGCCGAUAAAAGCGCUGAUUGCGCGCAAGACGCGAGCAGAGCCGGCGCGCCCGAACCUGCACCCGCCCCGCCCAGAGAAAGGCGUCGCGGGGGCGCCCAGGGAGGCGGGGCGGGUGGGGCCAAGCGCGGGCACGUGACCCAUCCCCCCCCCCGCCGCCUCCCCGAGUCGCCGGCUGUAUUUUGGGGAAGCGAGCGAAAGUUGCCGAGCUCCUUGUCAGCGGCGCGUCGGUCUCUUCGGUUCCCGAACUUGGCUGAGGGCGGCGGCGGCGCCUCCGGAGAGAGAGCUGGGUAAGCGGCCCUGUUUGCAGUUUGAGGGACCCCCCCUCACCCCCCUCUUCCCCGCCGAACCCCUCUUGGUCCCGCUGCGGGGGGCGGCGAGAGAAGGCAGCGCUGCCGGGAAUGGCUUCUUUCCCUGUCAGAAAAGGGACGGAAGGGGCCCAGCGUCUCUCUCGGUGGGCAAGUGAGAGGGGGAUGAGCUCCUUCUGGGGGGCCCUCCUUUUUCUCCCCCCCCCCCGCCUCUCUGGCGCCGCCCACGAGACUGGCAACAAGUAAUCACCGAGAGAGCUCCUGGGCAUGUGCAGAGUACGCCGUGGAGUCAGGCAAGGAAAGCAUGCCUCCAGUGAGGGAAGAAGUUGGGAGGGACCCCCAGAGUCAUCUAGUCCAACCCUGUCCCUCUUUCGUCUUAUUACUGAAGAACACACACACACACACACAAUUUAUUUUCCACUUAAUAUACAGUGGUACCUCGGGUUACAUACGCUUCAGGUUACAGACUCCACUAACCCAGAAAUAGUGCUUCAGGUUAAGAACUUUGCUUCAGGAUAAGAACAGAAAUCGGGCGCGGCAGCAGCAGGAGGCCCAAUAAGCUAAAGUGGUGCUUCAGGUUAAGAACAGCUUCAGGUUAAGAACGGACCUCCGGAACAAAUUAAGUACUUAACCUGAGGUACCACUGUAUAGAUUCACAUCAUCAUUAUCCACUAUACUGCCCUGGUGCUUAGAGCCUAUUGACUUCCUUCCCUCCCACCUUAUAGCUUUCAAAAUUAACCUUUAUAUCAUUGCAAUUUAUACGUUUUCCAAUUCUAAUUACAAUUACAGAGUGACUCCAAAUUUAAUUUAAUAUAGAAAGAUAGAAAAUUUCUCAUUACAGGUCUUCAGACAACCCUGGUAGUGAUGUUAAUUGCUUACAAUAAUCUCUCAAAUACAGUGGUACCUCGCAAGAUGAAUGCCUCGCAAGACAAAAAACUCGCUAGACGAAAGGGUUUUUUGUUUUUUGAGCUGCUUCGCAAGACGAUUUUCCCUAUGGGCUUGCUUCGCAAGACGGAAACGUCUUGCAAGUUUGUUUCCUUUUCUUAACACCGUUAAUACAGUUGCGACUUGACUUCGAGGAGCAACUCAUAGAACGCGGUGUGGUAGCCUUUUUGAGGUUUUUAAAGACUUUGGUGAUUUUUGAAGCUUUUCCAAAACUUUCCCGACACCGUGCUUCGCAAGAUGAAAAAAAUCGCAAGACGACAAAACUCGCGGAACGAAUUAAUUUCGUCUUGCGAGGCACCACUGUAUCAUAUAAAUUUAUUCCAAUCCUUUUGGAAUACUUGAUCGUGCUGGUUUCGGAUUUUCCUGUCCCCUUCGCCAGUUCUGCAAAGUCCACCAUCUUCAUCUGCCACUCUUCUUUCAUUGGUACUUCUUGUUUCCGUUUUUGGGCUAAAAGAAUUCUUGCCACAGUCUUUUAUCUUCCCUUUCACCCACUACACCCAGUAAAAAGGCUUCUGGUUUUUUAGCAAAAGUAUUUUUAAACAUUUUCUUUAACUCAUUAUAUUCCAUUUCCCAGAAAGCCUUUACCCCUUUAAUAAGUCCACCACAUGUGGUGGAAGAUACCUUCCCUAGCCUUACAUUUCCCUAGCACUCAUUAAUUCUUGUCUUGGACAUUUUAGCCAAUUUAGGUGAUGUUAAAUACCAUCUGUACAUAAUUUUCAUAACAUUUUCUUUAAGUGCACUGCAUGCAGUAAAGUUAAUACAGUACCUUCCUUCCACAACCUUUCCCAAGAUUCUAACUGAAUAUUAUAUCCAAAAUCUUUAGCCAAUUGUAUCAUCACCCCUUUGACAUGAAGAACAUAUGUUUAAAGAAGAUUGGAAAAUGUUUAUUGAAUAUAUAGGGGAAAAUUGUGUACACUUGAAAACGUCGGCAGCAUUGAGAUAAAUUCAACAGUGUAAAUAAGUUUUGAUGGAUGUGAUAAUGGAAUUCUGUAUGGUUUACUUUAUAUAAAAUAAACAGGGAUUUAUGUUAUGCAAAAUGAACCAUGGAAAGAGAAGAAGGGAAGUCAUUGAUAUAUUCAUGGUGGUUUAAAUAAAUACAGUGGACGCUUGAGUUGCGAACAUGAUCCGUGCGGGAGGCACGUUCACAACCCACAGUGUCCGCAACCACAGCGCCGCUUCUGCGCACGCACGGGUUGUGAAUCGUGCUUCUGCGCAUGCGCAAAGCACAGUUUAGUGUUUGUGCGCAUGCGCGAGCGCGAACGCCGAAACCCGGAAGUAACCCAUUCCGGUACUUCUGGGUUUCAGCGUGUCUGCAACCCGAAAACACACAACCUGAAGCAUCUGUAACCCAAGGUAUGACUGUAUUCUAAAUUGUAAACCAGAAAAUUAUAUUUAAUAUUAAUAAAAGAGGUUGCCCGUCCCUGAUCUGAUGGAUCUCCCAACCGCCAGCAGCUCUUUCAAUCCCAGGUCUUUCCUUCUCUGAGCUUAAAACUGCUGGAUGCUCUGCACAUGCCCAGGGGCUCUUUUGUCUUGGUCAGUUGGCAGGCUGUCUUGACUCUUAGGGAGCAUCUCUACCUAGGAUUUGUUUGGUUUCCCCACCAAAGAGUAAAGUACGCCUUUGUGUAUAGUGGGAGAUGCUGAAUCCUGAAAUCUUCUUGUUGUGUAUAGUGGGAGAUGCUGAAUCCUGAAAUCUUCUUGGGUGUAAAUGUCAGGAGGCUCAUCAUGUGUUUCAGAUCCAUUGUUGCGAUUUCUAGCUCCUUGUCUUAAGAGGGGCGUUGCUCUUGUAGCUCUCAGUCCCAUAUGUAGCUGGUGGCAUUCCUCACGUGAGCAAACUCUUCAGGAUCUUGCAAUAUGAUGCUGGAACCCCUGUUAGCAGCUGCUGACCAACAGCUGGUACUUGAGCUCAUUCUUAAAAAAGGUAAAGGUAAAGGACCCCUGACAGUUAAGUCCAGUCGCGGAUAACUCUGGGGUUGUGGCGCUCAUCUCAUUUUACAGGCCGAGGGAGCCAGCGUUUGUCUGCAGACAGUUUUUCCGGGUCAUGUGGCCAGCAUGACUAAGCCACUUCUGGCGAAACCAGAGCAGCGCACGGAAUCGCCAUUUACCUUCCCGCCAGAGCGGUACCUAUUUAUCUGCUUGUGCUGGCAUGCUUUUUAACUGCUAGGUUGUCAGGAGCUGGGACCGAGCAACGGGAGCUCACCCCAUCGCGGGGAUUCGAACCGCCAACCUUCUGAUCGGCAAGCCCAAGAGGCUCAGUGGCUUAGACCACAGCGCCAGCUGUGUCCCAUUAGCUCAUUCUUACCUGCUGUUAAUAGGGAGUGCUCAUGGAAAUAAACAGGAAAGAAAAAGGGCCAAGAGAAGGUCCUAUGCAGCUUGGUCAGUAAGGGGCUAACUAAGGAGUCUGUUUUCCUUGUUCUAUCCCUUGAAGAGCAAUUGGAUAAAAACAAAUCUGCCUUCAUGUCAGUAAAAGCGCUGAAGAUGCUUUGUUACAAUGGAAGCUGAAAAUUCAGAAACGGGGCUGCAAUCACCAAGGAUAAAGGUACUGUAACCUUUUCAAGGCUACUUCUUGACCAUCACUCAUUGCUGUUGCUGUAUUCCUUGCAGGGACUUCAGACAAAGGCCUCAUGCUGCCCAUCCUGCUGCUGUUGUCUGGGUCCGUCCUCCACAAUGUCGUCUCGGGGAGCAUUUCCUGCUAUGACGACUCUGGGCAGCCUGUGGAUUGGUGUGUGUCCAUCGGACCUAAUUGCUUUUAUUACUCUUGUUUUAUUUUAUGAGGUUUACAUACUAUGCUUAUUCAAAGUUACUACCCUUCUGCAAAGUUUUCAGGGUGCUUUAACCAAUAAAAUAAAUAAAUAAGGAUUUUACACUCCUAACAAAUGUGGGUGGGAUAUUUGAAAAGGGGAUUGUAAACUAGGAAUGUCUAGUUAGGGCACAAGUGGGCAACAUGGUUACUAAGUGGAAAGGACAGAGUUCUGUCCCCUGUGUGGCAAGGUGUGUGAUUUCUAAUGGGCUUUGGGUUUCAGGUUUAUUGCCUACAAGCUGCCCAAACCCCAUCAUAGCCCCCCAGCAGAGGGCAUGCGGUACAUGUAUCUAGACGGCCAGACCCAGGGCUGGGUACAAGGCAAAAGCCUGAUGAACAGUACCGAAGGAGCCGUGGGACGGACUGUACAGCAGCUGUACAAAGAGGCAUCCUGGAGACAGGUGAGUCUGAGAAAAGGAGGCGUGAGGCUGCUUUUGCAGUAUCCCAAAUGAGUAGGAGUGAUAGGGUGACGUUGGUUGCAAAGGCUCAAUUCUAGUCCAGAGUACAAGCCUUCACUCCAGGCAGACUGGUUCACUGUCUGUCCACUGGCAGACUGUCUCAGUUGCCUAGAUUAGAGCCCAGGCUUUCAAAAUGGCUUAAUUAAUUUAAAAGGGAAGCCGACAUACCUAGUGAGGCUGUUAGUCCAUCUAGCUCAGUGCUGUCUGCAACGACUGGCUGUUGGCCUCUGUAGUUUCAGGCAGGAGCCUUUCCUCAUACUGCCUGGAAUGCCAGAGAUUGAAACUGGAACCUUUUGCAUGCAAAACAAGAUGCUCUGCUACUGAGCGAUGGCCCUCCUCAAGCUGAGAUUUAUUUGCUCCUGCAAGAAGUGCUGCAUGAUCUCCAAGAUCCACCCAAUGAUCCUUUACAGCAGGGUGCCCAAAGGCCACAAGCAGCCCUCAAGGCCUUUUUUUUGGCAGCCCUUGCCAACUUUGGAAGCCCCCUCAUGCUGUCACAUAAUGGAGGUGCUGGGCUUUGGGAAGAAGGCGUGAGGGCUCAACACAGGAUCCUAUAUUCCUCCCGCCUCCUUCCCAAAGUCUCAUUAGUGCUUUUCCAGCUUUGGGAAAGCUUUUAAACACCCCUCUACAUUUGCCAGUAGUGCAACUACCUGGACUCCUUGUGCAGUUCGGCUGGCUCUUGAGUGCCUGGCCCAGAGGAGGGGCUAAAGUAUUGGCUGAUUCAGUAAACUCAGUGAAGAGGAAAGCUUGGAAAAUAGACCAGUUCUCUAACCACCCUACCUUUCAUUUCUCACCCAGGAGGAGAAAACAGCCUAUGUCCUUUACAACGAUGAGCCUCCAAAGGAGUUUGUCUCCAGCCUCAAUUAUGAGCCUCCAGAUGAGCUUUUCUCCAGCCUCAAUGGCCAUACAAAAGGUAGACCCCCCUUCUCCAAAUGCAUGCAAAGGAGCACAGCAAAUGUGUCUUAAGUUUGAAGAAGGUUGAGUACUUCAGCUACUGGUUCUGCGUUAUCGUCAACUUGUGUGGUGGCUGGAGAUCAUGACUUGGCCAGACCAGCCACCUGGGCACCUGGCACAACACUCUUGGAACUUCAGCACACCUGGGUUAAGUUUCAACCCCCACUUUUUUUUGUUUUUGUUUCCCACUCUAGGAGUCAUCCUGCUGGACAAAACACAGGGAUUCUGGCUGCUUCACAGCACUCCUCAUUUCCCGCCCAGUGCAGAUGAGCAGUAUGACUGGCCUCACAGUGGCCUAUCCUAUGGGCAGACCUUCCUGUGCAUCACACUUCCCUAUGGCCAAUUCAAAGAGAUUGGUAGGUGUAGGAUCUUGAUACAGACAGAACAUCGAUACUGGAAGUAUCUGGGAUUCUUUCCAGGCUCCUGGUGGUGAAGGGCUAGGGCUUCCCUAUGGUAGGAUUUCCCUGCAAAUUCUGUUUCACUGACAUGUGUUUUGUAUGAACCAAACCUGUAUACAACACCAUAGGGGUACGUGGUACUUUACAGAGUAGCUUAAGGCAGAAAUUAGCCCCUGUGUACUAUUUGAGACUAUCCCCAGCUUCGGGGAAAAACAGGGAAAGUUAGGAGAAAAGGAUCCAGUUCAGCUCUGGCUACUCUGCACAUGCACAUAAACACUCCUUCCUUAGGGGUCAGGGACCCUCUUCUGUCAUCAAUGAUCGAGUGGAACCAGAGCAAGGAACAGAAUUGCCACAGUUGGGCUUGGAAGGCGAUCUGUUCUCAGCUAACUUUGCUGGAUAGAUACCCAGCUGCAUUGGUAGGGAAAUGGGUCAACAAGACAGCGUUUCUCCUGCCCCUGACAAGGCUGUGAUGCAAGAUGCAAGUGUAUAUGGCUGGUCAACGGAGCCUGCAGCUGGCAUAUCUGAUGCCACCCAUGUAAAUCUUGAGUGUCUCUAUUAGGAGGUUUGUCAGCUGGAGGACAGCUCCUUUACAAGCCAGUGGCUCUGAUGUGCCAGAUGUUGUCUCUCUGCUGCAGGGAAUCAGCUGCUCUACACUGAGCCUCUUGUCUAUGAUCAUCACGUGGAAGGAACCUUUGCCCAGGACCUGCCUGCCUUGUUGAAUGCUUCAGAGGGGCAACACAUUGAGGAGGAGCCUUGGAACUCCACCGUGGCCCUCAGAUCGGUGGGGGGCAAGGAAUUUAUCAGCUUUGCAAAGUUUCGCUCCUUUGACGAUGGUAAGUGAUGAGAUGGAGGUGAUGGGAUAUAUUGAGCAACACGCUUAAAAGAAGGGGUUGGUAAUAUGUCAUCACAGUCAUGUCAAGGCUCUUCUCAUAAGAACUUUUCCUCUACCCAGAUCUCUACUCAGGCUGGCUGGCCCAAGCUCUCGCCAGUAACCUCUACGUCCAGUUCUGGCUCAGGUCCAGAGGGAUCCUGCCUUCCAAUUGUUCCAGGCACUUCCGAGUCUACAAUAUGGAGGAAAUAGCCUUCCAGCAUGCAGCCAUUUCCUUUGCUUCCAUGGUGGACCAUUCCAAGUGGUGUGUGAGCACAGAAAGUGAUCCUGGCUGGGCCUGUGUUGGGGACAUGAACCGCAAUCGCGCAGAGGAAUACCGUGGGGGUGGCACCAUCUGCUGUCGCGAUGCAGCCGUGUGGAAGGCCUUCCGCUCUUUGGUACAGAAGUACACCGAUUGUGAUGGUGCCAGGCACCAGCCAGCUACACAGACUGUGAUCACCUGAGAAGCCUCAGCCAUGCCAGGCGAACAUGGCUCACCAAACUGGGUAAGAGUGCCAUGGGUGACUCCCAAGGGCUAAGCACCACCACCUCAAAUGUUCCCGUAAUCCUGUUUGCUCCUCCCAGUUUUGGGUCCUGGUAUAUUCUGGUGCUGUAAACCAUCCUUGCUCCUGUGAAAUGGUCUCUGCCACUUUUUGGCUCCCCCAGUUUCCCGCCUUCCACCCGUUUCUGAAAAUGACCCCUUGCCAAACUUGGGAACAUGAUAGGCUUUGCUUUGGACUUCCCUCUCCUUCAGUGUCUUCAACACAACAGCACCUGCCACAGUUUUGGGGCUGUACGGAGAAAAUAACUGGCCCACAGAAGUUAAUUUGCUGCAGCAAUUUACUUUUUGUAUGUCUGUGCUUUGUAUAAAUAUUUGAUUCCAACAGCUGGGUGUUUGUUCAAGGAAUAUGGAUUUUUUUGGGGUAGGAAAAAAUGACAUAAAACUGGUAUCACAAGAGAGGCAAGGAAAUGGGUGUGAUUUUAAGAAAGGCUUGUAAUGUGAGACAGAAUGCUGGUUAAUGGUCUCAAGCAGACACCCUUGAUGCUGUGAGAUCAGUCAAGAUAAGGAGCUAUUUAAAAAUGGCAACAGUUGGAGGAAUUUAUUUAGCUGACACAGCAAGGUGAAAGCAUCACUCAGACAAAGGGCUGUACUUUUUGCUUAAUUUAUUACUGUUUUGAAAUCCAGUGACACACAGUUGCCACUGCCACCCUCUCCUCAGCUGGUGGGCAGCUGGCUGCUCAACCUGUUUUCAUAAAAUACAGUACUAGGAAGUGGACUGCUACACACAUGCACCCACAGGUUAAAACUACAGUGAUUCAAUACUGCAACUGAAAAUAGUACUGCCAUAAAAAGAAAAAAAAUAUAUAUCAAGUGUUCCCCAAUUCAUAAUUCUUUUUAAAACAGUUAAUGCUGUUACAAAUGCUACUGAUGUGAGGACAAGGCAAGACACAAACAAGUCCUACAUCUUCACUGCAGUAUAAAUAUGGAAGAGUUUUAUACAGUUUGCCCACAUCCGACACUACGUUUCUUGCUACCCGUUGCAGCUAAGGGAAUACAGCAUCUCUGCUUUGGAAAGACGGAUGCUUUGAGGUCUGCACCAUGGAAUGUCUCUUUAAUCAUCUUCGGUGCCACUUCCUGAGCGAUCCUGACGGAGAAAGAAAAAUAAUAUAUGUCACUCUUUUUUAGGCAAUUAUUUUUUUUACGCAGGGCGCCCUCCCCCUUUAUCCUCACAGCAGCCAGAGAUAGAUUAGACUGAUAUACUGGCCUAAAGUCAUCCAGGAAAUUUCAUGGAUGAGUAGUGGCCCCUGGCUCUAACUCAGCAUUUUGUCCACUACUCCAUACCCAAGAGGCUGGAUCAUGAGCAGUAGGACCCACUUCUGUGCUUGCCUAAACUGUAAAAGGACUUGUCUGUCUUCCUUUCUUUGCCCCUUUCCCUUCACUGGAAUUGCACAAAUCCAUCCUUGAAGACUCCUUUGAGAACCACUGGCAACAGUGUGAGGGGAAUGACAUCCUGCAGUUACCUCUUCUUGCUCUUCCUCGCUAUCAUCAUCACUAACUACAGGUUUGGCCCGUGACCCACGGCUGGUGCGCCUGCGUCCUUUCAUCCGGUCUUGUGCUUUCUCCUUCCUGCCCAGUUUAAUCUUCACUUUGACAGAACGAGCUGAGGGGAAAGAGAAAAAGGUAAGAUUGGCAAGGCCACAACAGGAUAGGAUCAGCCUUCAUGCUCUUCUCUCUGUCCCCAUCUCUGUGUGCUCCCAUCUCUUCAUGAGCAAAGAACACAGGAAUGGAAAUGCAAUACCAUUCAUGACAAGGCUUCAUCGUUAUAUAGCCUAACUCCCUUUAUGCCACCUGUACUUCAUUGUCUUUUUUAAUCAAGAAGCAAUACUUUCACCUCCACCUGGUUCUGAGCAAUGACAGUAAGGCUCUGCAUCUGCACACUGAAAACCCAUAUGGGUUUUUUUCCUCCAGGAAAAUCAAGAAGUCUCCAAGUAUAGAGAAAACAGUGGCAGCACAAGGGUUUCCCCUAUAUGCUGCUCUGAGUGUACAUAGAACAUGAGACCGUGGCUCAAUCCAAUACCAGUUUGCUGACUUUCUGGUUCCUCCUUUCAGGCAUUUUCUUUUACUAAACUGCAUACACAUACUUUUUACAAAAGAAACCUUAGCAAGCAAGCAAGUACGCACAUUCAGAUUCAGAUCCUUCCUCUUCUCCUUCUUCCUCUUCUUCGCUCUCUUCGCCUUCACUGUCUUCCUCUUUUUCAAUUUUCUGCCUCACACUGGUGAAGACAGACUGCAGCACAAUCGAGUCUUCAUAAAUCUGCAAGGAACAUGCAAAUCACAUUUUAGGGUAAAAUCCUAGCUCCACAAAACUAGUUCACAUGUUUACUAUCAUGCUACACUGCCACAAUGCUUUUGCUCAAAGAGAAAUCUUUUCAGGGCUCAUGCUGAAAGUGCUUCUGAGUGUUCAAGGCACUUCAUAUUAUACACACCACUGAAGUCUCAGAAAACCUCAUGACGCAGCAAAUAACAAUUCUAUGCAACCUCAGAACUUGCUUCAUACACAGCCACCAUACCACAGUUCCAUAAAAAAAAUUACAACCCCUGUGAUAACUGGGAUGACACAACAGCAGCUACUUGUUCUAGGGAUAAGCAGCCGGCAAUCGGGUUUUGACAAUUCCAGUUCCAGAACAAGAGGUCUAGUUCAAUGCGCACUUUGAGGGACUCAAGAGAGAGAGAUGCAGUGAACCUUUCUUUGCAUGGACAGGGACAUACAUGCCAUUCAUACGACAGCGGCAACUGCCUUACCAGAGAGCCUUCAAGGUUGAAAGUCUGUGCGUUCUGACACAGGAGCAUAACAUCCUUCUCCAGAUCAUUGAGGCUGCGGUACUUGUGGUUCCGGAUGCGCUCCUGAAAAGGAAAGGGAAGAAAAGGGACAGGUUCCAGGUCAUGUCUGCACAGAAGUCAUCAGUAUUUAAACGUAAUGGGAGUAAAAGCAACAACUGCCCACUGCAUUAAACCAUGUAAAACCAUCUAUAUUAGUAUGUUGUAUUAAGAUAAAAAGGGGGUGGCAAAGCAGAAAGAAACUAAACACAUCCUACUCAGCCUUGCCCAGGCUAGGGCUCAAUUGCUCUUCCUAGGAUUCAGCUGCAAGUAAAACGUUUUAAAUAUGUUGUAAAGUGUAAUAUACAAAUGCGACACUCAAUUCAAUGUAUUUUUUAAAAUGUUCUUUUAAAAAAGCAUUUUCACAGCGUUUUUUAUAUUCCACCAUAGAAAGAGGCAGUCCUUCAGUGAAGUCUAUAAAAGUUACUAGCCUGCUGACCCAUAUUUUCCCAUGCUGGUUAUUUGUGGCACAAUAACAGCUUAAAAGAAGGGACGCGGGUGGCACUGUGGGUUAAACCACAGAGCCUAGGACUUGCCGAUCAGAAGGUCGGCGGUUCGAAUCCCCGCAACGGGGUGAGCUCUUGUGCUCAGUCCCUGCUCCUGCCCACCUAGCAGUUCGAAAGCACAUCAAAGUGCAAGUAGAGAAAUCGGUACCACUCCGGCGGGAAGGUAAACGGCGUUUCUGUGCGCUGCUCUGGUUCACCAGAAGCGGCUUAGUCAUGCUGGCCACAUGACCCGGAAGCUGUAUGUCGGCUCCCUCGGCCAAUAAAGUGAGAUGAGCGCCGCAACCCCAGAGUCGGUCACGACUGGACCAAAUGGUCAGGGGACCCUUUAACUUUUAACAGCUUAAAAGAGGGACACAAUUGUAGAUACAAUUGUGGAUGUACACAAUUGGGUGGCACCUUUACUAUUUACAUUGUCUGAUAAGGAAACCUAACAAGUUCAUGAUAGGUGUGACACUUCAACCAGGGUUUCUAAUGGUUCACAACUCUUAACCACUAUGCCACAUAUUCCAGAAGGGCAACAGUCUGUUGCAGCAAAAGUGUCUUGUAACACAUUAAAGACUGACCCAAUUUGACAGACACAUAACACCACUUGGAGAUCAAUUUAAUAAGCCAGCAGAGCUGGAUCACACUUCAGGUAACCGCACAUUAUUGAGGUUGCUUUCAAGGAUAUUAAAAUGCAAUGAAAAACUAAUGUGUUAAAAUAAGGUCUACAGCAUCCAACCUAACAGAUCAACACAAGAUGUAGAGCAAAACUGGAUCAAUGCACUGCUGCUGAAACUGCAAGAGCUGUGUGCACUGUUCUUACAAGCCUACCAAAAAACUUUGGAGGGACUUUGAAACAUGCUUUUAAAUACCACAUGGAGUUCAGCGUUGACUUUGGAAAAGGGGCUGAUCUGUCGAGAAGGGACAAAAACAUUGUCAAGCUGGAGUCUCCCCAAGUGAAAGGAGCAGAAGACAAAGUAAAGCACAGGUACAAAUAUGAAGAAGAUCUGCGGAUGGGACAUGGAAGAGGUCCAAGGGCCUCGGAUAUAAGGUUACCAGGUUGAUGGACUAGAUGGAUGGGAUAGAAAGGACUGACAAAACCUGAGACCAGGAGAAAGAGACGUUGGAUGAAGAUUGGAAGAAAGUUUUAAACAAUUUAUUUAGGAAAAUCUUGUAAAAGUAAAGAGUAUUAGAAAAAUGUUGGAAUGAAAUUAUUUGGCUUUAGCAGAAAUGUUAAAAAGAAUUAUGUAAGAAUAUGUCAUGGUUAAGAGAAUUUGGUAUAAAUAAGACUUAAGUUUUAAGUUUUAGGGCCUUUUAUGGCAAGAUAAGGUUAAAAUAGAUUAAGGUAAUUUAAUGACAGAAUAUUAUGAAAGAUGGAAAGCAUUUGCUGAGAUAAUUAACAACUAGAAUACAAAAAAGGGAGGUGUGAGGAGGUCGAUGAAACAAGGUAAUGACAGUUAACGAUUUGGGAAUAUUGGAUUUGUUUUUAAAUUUUUUGUCUAUUUUAGCUUUUUGAUUUUGAUGUAUUAUGUGUUUUGUUUUUUUCUCUUUUUGACCUUGUUUUUUUAUUGAUUCGUAUUGUUUAAAUGUUACUUGUUUUUUCCUUCUUUUUUUUCUUUGUUUCUUUGUAAUCUUAAAAUUCUCAAUAAAUAUUAUUCAAAAAGUGUUCCUAC